UCUCUUUAAUCUGUGGUAUUUGUUUUCUAUAAUUCGUAUACCUACUUUACACAUAAUAAUUCUACUGUUCGGUUUUUUAAAGUACUUAGUAAUUAUUUGAUUUUCAUUUAAUUAUCCCAUUCGUUUAAUGCGCAAGAAAUUGUAUACCUACUUUUUGCUCAGCUAAUAUAUACAGCCAUAGUUUCACCACUUAUAGCUUAGUAAAUUGAAUGUGUUCUUCUAUUUUAAACACUUAUUCGAACAUAUGAAUUGUGUUUAAAAAAUGGGCAACUCAAGUCAAAAACAGCACUAUGAAACUGCCUCGAAGACUGGUGUUCUUCAAUUGACCGACUAUAAAUUAAAGGAAGUACCAAUAGAAGCGUUAAAUUUAUGCGAUAUGCUGAGAAACCUAGAUCUGUCGAAGAAUAAAUUAGCGUUUUUGUCAGAAGAAAUUAGCAAAUUCAAGCAACUCAAACAAUUAAAUUUAGAAGCAAAUAGAUUGGAUGUACUACCAAAUUCACUGGGUAAUUUAAAGAAACUUGAGUUAUUUAAUAUCUCUAACAAUUUUGUGUCAUCAUUGCCACAGUCAUUUGCAAAUUUAAUUAAUCUGAAACAUGUUUAUUUAAACAAUAAUAAGUUUAAGGAGUUUCCUACUCAACUAUUGAGGCUCAAUAACUUAGAGGUGGUUGAGUUAUCAAAUAACAAAAUUACAAAAAUCCCUGAAGGAAUGUCAGAAUUUCAUGCAAUGGAAUUAAAUUUAAGCCAAAAUGAAAUUUCAAUAAUUAGUGAGGAUUUGCAUCAAGCACCGAGACUGAAAAUAUUGAGAUUAGAAGAGAAUUGUUUGAGUUUAGAUGCAAUACAACCAAGUUUAUUGAGAGAUUCCAAAAUACAUACAAUAAAUUUAGAUGGAAACUUAUUUGAGGCAAAACAACUGGCAUCUGUUGAAGGAUACAAUGAGUACACAGAGAGAUACACUGCAAUGAAGAAGAAGAUGUUUUGAUUGUACACUCUUAGCAUAAAAUUUUCAAAUAGAUUAAUAUUAUAAAAAGUUAAUUUUUUUCAUGAAAAUAAUAUUUAAAGUUACUGUUUUAUUGUUAUUCUUUUCUAGUAUAUUAUUAAAUUGUAACAACCUGUAAUUAUUGUUAUGAAUUUGUAGUAUCAAUUGUUUUAGAUGUGGAUUUAUAAGUUCAUAUUAAUAUAUGUCACUUCAUGUUUACAGAUUUAAUGUCAGGUAAAAGCAUUUUACAAAAUAUAAUUAUGGGUAAUUUCAAAA